UGUUCACACUGCAACGUCCGCCAACAACAGCCGCGCCUCCCUCAAGCGAGCUGACAGGCACUCGGGUACCUGUCACUCUUCCUUCGGGAAUGCACCACCACCAGCCAAGAGAACAUGGUAGUGCCAUGCCGCGUAUAGAAAACUUACAAGAAGACACCAUGAUCCACGUCACCGCGCUUUCUUUCUGGAGAGACACGCGAUCUCGUUCAAUCCAUCUCGUUCCUCUCUUCUUGUUCCCAGUCUUUCAUUAUUUCCUUUAGGCAUUCGUUUGCUUUGAUUGGACUAGAGAAAGAUGCCGGCAACACUCCUUCUUGCUGAGCAACGCUCAGAGUUGAGCACAAGGCAGGCUGAUGCCUCCUUCCACAUUCCUUCAGAUUUCGUUGCCGCGGCCACGAUAUGCCUCUUCUUGACGACAGUGGCUGUGGCCGUGAGGACAUUUAUUACAAUGGUGGAUAUGCGACGGCUACAAAUAGAUGAUUUUGCCACCAUUCUUGCGGGCUUGUGCUUCGUUGUUUUCAUUGCACUCAUGUUCAUUGCCUCACAUGCUGGUCUGGGCCAACAUGUAACCCUCCUCUCCGCCGACGCCGUCAAGAAUGCACUCCUCUACUCAAAUAUCCUCGACAUUGUAUACGCACCGAUCAUGCUCGCUGCGAAGGUUUCUAUCCUCGUGCAAGUCGAUCGCAUGUUCUCUGGCAAUAAGCAGCGGAUGAUUUUCUGGAGUGUUCGCGCCUUGGCCUAUGUCAAUGCUUUCUGCUACACCGUCAUGUUCUUCACGAAUGUCUUUGCCUGCACGCCGCGGGCGAAGAUCCUGGAUCCUACGGUGUCGGGCCGGUGCAUUCCUCAGAACAACCUUAUCGUUGUUUCUAGCACAGUCAACGUGGCUUCCGAUGUCCUCGUCUUGCUUUUCGCAGUUUGGGGUAUUAGCAGACUACAGCUGAGCGGGAGGCGUCAGACUAUGGUAGCGGUUGUGUUCAGCAUUGGCAGCUUUGCAUGCAUUGCCAGUGUCUGCAGAUUGGCAUUUGGUGUCCAGGUUGAUAAGAACCGCAACUACACGCAGACAAUCUGGCCAGUCCACAUGUGGUCGCUCGCCGAGAUCACUGCUAUCAUGUACAUGGCUUGUUGCACAGCUUUCCCUCGCCUUGUCCAGUACAUCCGCGGUACGAAGACCGUCAGGCCUGCGAUCAAGAGUUACAAGACCGAAAAGGACCUCUUCAGCCCUACAUCCAGCUUCUCAAGCAGUAAACCGUGCACCCCCGAACAGAAGCACGGCUGGGGAUCGCCAGUCAUCACACCACCCACUCCACCCAAGGGAUCCCCCAAGAUCACGCCGCCUACUCCUCCCAACGGCUCUCCCAUACUCCCCACCGGCUUCGUCAGCCCCCAAAAGCCCAACCGAGCCAGCGUCCGCGUGACUCCCGGUCCCGCCCAAGGCACCCGCGGCACCCAAAGCGAAGACCGCCCCCGCGGCCCCUUCCGCACGCUCUCCCUCCCCGUCAAACCCUCCAUACCACGCACAUCCUUUCAACUCCCCCCAACACGGCUCGAGCCUAAAGGCCCCCGCCUCAACUUCAGCAUACCCGUGCGCCCUACCCCAGAACAGCUCGCCAACCAGUCGUCCCUCUCCCCCCGCUACGUCCCCGAGGAGAAGACCGCCGCGCUCGCUAAGAAAGCAGAGGGCGCCCUGCAGAAUUACGCCCCCUUCGAGCGCCGCAUUUCCCACCUGUCGUACACCUCGCGCCACACUGCUGCGCUCGAGGAGAUACGGCAAAGCCUCGAGGAAGUAAGACAUAGUCUUGACGGCGGCUUCAUCGACACCACACCCACGCCCACCUCUGAAUCACUCAACGUGCCGCCCACCCCAGGCUCCACCUCAACUUCAACGCCCAAGACACCCACCACCCCGUCACACGGUCACAGCCCGUCCCUCGCGCCUCUGGCGUCUCCCGGUAUGCCGUCUCCGGCGUCGCCAGCCCGCACAGAGUUCAGCGUGCACCUCGUCGAGAGCGCGGUACGCAUGAAGAUCAUGCCCGUGUACUUCGCCCAGCGCCGCAAGAAGAGCUAUGACGCGCGCAUGAGCACGCUGGGCAACAGCGCCAUCAAGCCGAUGCACUCGUUUAAGCGAAGCAAGCACGCGAGAGUGCCCAGUACGCCGGGGCUGCAGACGCAUUUUGAAAUCCCUUGAAUUGAUUUUUCUUGUUUUGCUUCGAGUUUUGGGUCCCACUGGAGUCACUCUUUCCCCGCCAUGGUGGUUAUCUUCUAAUA